AUGGCAGAAGGAGCGACUUUGGAGUUCACGCCGACGUGGGUGGUCGCCUGUGUUUGCACCGUGAUUGUCGUCAUUUCUCUGGCUGUCGAGCGGUUUCUCCAUUAUGCCGGCAAGUAUCUCAAGAAGAGGAACCAGAAACCGCUUUUCGAUGCCUUACAGAAAAUCAAAGAAGAGCUGAUGCUGUUGGGUUUCAUAUCGCUACUGCUCACCGUGUUCCAAGUUAGAAUAAGCAAGAUAUGCAUUUCGGAAGAGCUUGGCAACAAGUGGCUCCCUUGCAAGAAGGAAGCCUCUGCUGCCGCCGGCAGCACCACCGCUCACUUCCUGACCAAUUUCUUCCCUCCUGGAGGACGCCGCCUUCUUGCUGAAGCUUCUGCCGCUUCCGGUGACUACUGCGGUAGCAAGGGGAAGGUGCCGUUGUUGUCUCUCACGGCGCUUCAUCAUCUGCACAUUUUCAUCUUCGUGCUGGCCGUCGUGCAUGUGGUUUUCUGCGCUCUGACGAUCUUAUGUGGAGGGGCACAGAUACGUCAAUGGAAGCGGUGGGAGGAUGCCAUUCAGAAGGAGGAGUACGACCCCGAAGAGGCUUUGCGAACGAAAUUCACACAUGUUCAGGAUCACACCUUCAUCAAAGGACGUUUUCUCGGCAUUAGCAAGAACUUAUCUGUACUCAGCUGGGUGCAUUCGUUUUUCAAGCAGUUCUAUGGUUCUGUGACCAAGUCGGAUUAUACAACGCUUCGUUUGGGUUUCAUCAUGGCUCACUGUAGAGGCAAUCCGAAAUUCAAUUUCCACAAGUACAUGAUACGUGCUCUGGAGGCCGAUUUCAAGAAAGUUGUUGGUAUAAGUUGGUACCUUUGGUUAUUUGUCGUGGUCUUCUUGCUGCUCAAUGUUGCUGGUUGGCACGCGUACUUCUGGAUAUCUUUCAUCCCGUUGAUUCUUUUGCUGGCGGUUGGAACCAAACUGGAGCAUGUGAUAACUCAGUUGGCGCAGGAGGUUGCCCAGAGGCAUGUAGCAAUUGCAGGGGACUUGGUCGUUCAGCCGUCCGAUGACCAUUUCUGGUUCCACCGGCCUCGGCUCGUCCUCGUCCUGAUUCACAUCAUUCAGUUCCAAAACUCCUUUGAACUGGCUUUCUUCUUCUUCAUAUGGAUCCAAUAUAAUUUCAGCUCCUGCAUAAUGGGUGAGGUCGGUUAUAUCAUUCCAAGACUUAUCAUUGGAGUGUUUGUCCAGUUCCUUUGUAGUUACAGCACACUACCUCUGUACGCAAUUGUAACACAGAUGGGGACUUCAUUCAAGAAGGCGAUAUUUGACGAACACAUACACCAGGGGCUCGUUGGCUGGGCCCGGCAUGCAAAAAAGAACAAGAAUUUAAGAAAAACAGCCACCGAUGGGUCUAGUACUCAAACGGGUUCGAUAGAGGGAUCAGUGGGAGUUGAGCUGACAAAAAUGGCGGAAACGGUACUGAGAUGGGGGAUGCGGAAGCGCAAGAAAUCAAGCAAUCUCCAUCUCCAAUGUCCCCAAUCUCCGACACGCAGAGACUGAUGAAGCCGUGAAGUCAGUUCUUUUAUACUUGACAUUUACAAACAAUCAAUUAAGAAGAGCAAGACCGUAAUGUACAAUAAUUCAUCAUACGUAUGAGUAUAGAUUUUCUUUUUC